GCCUCAGAAUUGGCUUUGAUAUGCUCCUAUAGCUAGCUAUCAUUUCUAACUUAUUUCCUCUGAGUUCCUCGCAGAACACCAACUGCUUCUAGCCUCUUAUGUCCUGCUCCCGUGUCUUUAAAGAUGUCCUCCCCUGUGUCUUUAAAGGUGUCCACCCCUGUGUCUUCCCCUGUUUCUUUAAAGAUGUCCUCCCCUGUGUCUUCCCCUGUUUCUUUAAAGAUGUCUUCCCCUGUUUCUUUAAAGAUGUCUUCCCGUGUCUUUAAAGAUGUCCACCCCUGUGUCUUUAAAGAUGUCCUCCCCUGUGUCUUUAAAGAUGUCCUCCCCUGUGUCUUUAAAGAUGUCCUCCCCUGUGUCUUUAAAGAUGUCCUCCCCUGUGUCUUUAAAGAUGUCCUCCCCUGUGUCUUUAAAGAUGUCCUCCCCUGUGUCUUUAAAGAUGUCCUCCCCUGUGUCUUUAAAGAUGUCCUCCCCUGUGUCUUUAAAGAUGUCUUCCCCUGUGUCUUUAAAGAUGUCUUCCCCUGUGUCUUUAAAGAUGUCUUCCCCUGUGUCUUUAAAGAUGUCCUCCCCUGUGUCUUUAAAGAUGUCUUCCCCUGUGUCUUUAAAGAUGUCCACCCCUGUGUCUUUAAAGAUGUCUUCCCCUGUGUCUUUAAAGAUGUCCUCCCCUGUGUCUUUAAAGAUGUCUACCCCUGUGUCUUUAAAGAUGUCUUCCCCUGUGUCUUUAAAGAUGUCUUCCCCUGUGUCUUUAAAGAUGUCUUCCCGUGUCUUUAAAGAUGUCUUCCCGUGUCUUUAAAGAUGUCCACCCCUGUGUCUUUAAAGAUGUCCACCCCUGUGUCUUUAAAGAUGUCCACCCCUGUGUCUUUAAAGAUGUCCACCCCUGUGUCUUUAAAGAUGUCCACCCCUGUGUCUUUAAAGAUGUCCACCCCUGUGUCUUUAAAGAUGUCCACCCCUGUGUCUUUAAAGAUGUCUUCCCCUGUGUCUUUAAAGAUGUCCUCCCCUGUGUCUUCCCCUGUGUCUUUAAAGAUGUCCUCCCCUGUGUCCUACCCUGUGUCUUUAAAGAUGUCUUCCCCUGUGUCUUUAAAUAUGUCCUCCCCUGUGUCUUUAAAGAUGUCCUCCCCUGUGUCUUUAAAGAUGUCCACCCCUGUGUCUUUAAAGAUGUCCACCCCUGUGUCUUUAAAGAUGUCCACCCCUGUGUCUUUAAAGAUGUCCUCCCCUGUGUCUUUAAAGAUGUCCACCCCUGUGACUUUAAAGAUGUCUUCCCCUGUGUCUUUAAAGAUGUCUUCCCCUGUGUCUUUAAAGAUGUCCACCCCUGUGUCUUUAAAGAUGUCCUCCCCUGUGUCUUUAAAGAUGUCUUCCCCUGUGUCUUUAAAGAUGUCCUCCCCUGUGUCUUCCCCUGUGUCUUUAAAGAUGUCCUCCCCUGUGUCUUCCCCUGUUUCUUUAAAGAUGUCUUCCCCUGUGUCUUUAAAGAUGUCCACCCCUGUGUCUUUAAAGAUGUCCUCCCCUGUGUCUUUAAAGAUGUCUUCCCCUGUGUCUUUAAAGAUGUCCACCCCUGUGUCUUUAAAGAUGUCCUCCCCUGUGUCUUUAAAGAUGUCCACCCCUGUGUCUUUAAAGAUGUCUUCCCCUGUGUCUUUAAAGAUGUCCUCCCCUGUGUCUUCCCCUGUGUCUUUAAAGAUGUCCUCCCCUGUGUCUUUAAAGAUGUCUUCCCCUGUGUCUUUAAAGAUGUCUUCCCCUGUGGCUUCUCCUUGAGUCCUGAGACAACUCAUUGUUAUUUGUUUACUGCUAUAGCAGCCCUUAUGAUGAAGUCCUUAACAACAGUUGAUUGAAGUAACAUGUAUGCAAGGGUUCAAUGGCUUUGUCAUUAGAAGUAGAAUAGUACCGCGUUUAGUACCCCGUGUAGUACCCUAGUACCCCGUGUAGUACCGGCGCGUGUAGUACCCCGAUGUAGACAGGCAUUGGCAGCAGCUCCGGGCAAUUUGAGAGGCAAGAUUCAGUACACAUUCUCCUCCAGGAGGGGACACACACACACACACACACACACACACAGUAUUUAGAUUAGUGUCAGCAGGCAGUCUAAAGGAAGCUGACUUGUUGUUCUAUCGUCACCCCAGGCAGUCGCUAUAGAAGUUACAUGAUGCUGUGUGCAUUCAGAUGAGAGAGAUCAACAGGAGGUGUGUGUGUGUGUGUGUGUGUGUGUGUGUGUGUGUGUGUGUGUGUGUGUGUAUGCAGUACGUGCUGAAAAAAGCAGUGAUCCCAGGAGAUAAGGUAGUGUUUUCUCUCGCAUUAUCAGAUCAGAAGUAGACUAAGGAAGUGUGUGUGCGAAGCAGCAAGCCAGCCUGUCCCCUCCCAGAUCCUCCUAGCGUCUGAUUGUAUGCGCUGACAUACUGUCACAUUUCCUUUGUAAAUAUUAAUCCAUGUAAUUAUUACUGUGUUCUGCUUGUCUUCCACUGAAGGGCCUGGGAGUCCGAGAUGUCACUACAGCUGAGAAAUGGGCCUUUGCUUUAACUCACUGGCUCUUAGCUGAGUGUCAUGCACCAAAAGAAUUCAAUGUCAAGUUUAUUUGCCAUAUACUGUAUGUUAUAAAAACAUAGGAACUCUUUCUCACUAGAGCUCUCACAUUAAAAACAGUGCCUACAGUAUCUUCAUUGUUUUAUGUCAGUUAUACAGUAUAAUAUUUGUAUAUAUUUUUUAAUAUAUAUAUUUAUAAUUCCUGAUUCUAGUUGAUGAUGCUAUUUUGUCUUUUAGAGUUUAGAGAUUUGACAUUUAAGUCCAUCAAAAAGAAUCAGUCUUGCACCUGAAGCGGUUCUCUGUGUAUGCUGACAAAGCAACUUCUCCCUCCUCCAAUCAGCUCUCAGACAGAGAGAUCCCUCAGCACCUGUCUUCCAAGGACCACCUCACAAUUUAUGACCUAAUACUCAAUCACAACCACAAUGCCAGAGAAAUGAAAAAAAUGAUUGCUUUUGGACAGCUCGAUUAGCUUCAUUUUGGAGUUGACUGAGUAUUGACCGAAACUCCACCAGAUAGGAACUCAGACUCAACGUGCUAGGAGGGAGGAGUCAAUACUGUUGUCAUCAUGCCCCAAGUUGAGAACACUAAUACUCCCACUUGACCUGUUACAACUAGUAUUGAAUCUGCUGAUAUGUGGUUGGCCAAUUUAGCUAUCUUAAGAUGAAUGCACUAACUGUAAAUCACUCUGGAUAAGAGGGGCUGCUAAUUGACUAAAAUGUCUUCAGUGAAUGUUACAUUGGCUACAUUGUAAUAACAAUAACAGGCAUCUGUAUGAGAGAGGGAGGCUGGGAGAGCGAGCGGGAUAGAGAUGUGAUUGUGUUGACAAACAGAUUGUGUGUAUGAGCAGUCAUGUCAUAUUUUAUAGUAGGACCUAACAACAAGAAAUUAUUUUAUUGUCCAAUGUGAAUAAGAAAUUUGUAUUUUUUCGGUCUUGUGAGAGGCUCCACUCAGCACAUUCAUCCACAGAGCUGCGGCCCUUGUCUGCAAACUUUCUUCUAGAUCUCGAUGUUCUGUCUUGCCAACUGCUCUAGGCCUGGUCCCAAAUCCCCUGUGCUGUCCUGCCAACUCCUAUAGUCAUUGUCAUACCAGACUGGCAUGAUAAUGACUAUAGGAGUUGGCAGGACAGCACAGGGGAUUUGUAGAAUAGUACCGCGUUUAGUACCCCGUGUAGUACCCUAGUACCCCGUGUAGACUGGCAUGAUAAUGACUAUAGGAGUUGGCAGGACAGCACAGGGGAUUUGGGACCAGGCCAUGACAAAGACGAUAAGAAUUGGCAUGACAACACAAACAGAUCUAGGAAGAGGCUAUUAUUUAACAUGACAACAACCAUAGGAGUUACCAAGACAAGACAGCACAAACCGAUCUGGGGCCAAGCUCGCAGACAAGGUUGUCUGUGAACAUAGAGGUUACCAAGACAAGACAGCACAAACAGGUAUAGGACCAGGCCAUUGUCUGCAGGUAGCAGCUGGAGUGGUGCCAAGAACCUCUCUGUCUGACGAAGCAGAGGCAGCAAGACUCAGAGUAGUCGGUAGAAGAAUGACCCUUAGAGGAACAGCUAACAAGCCAGCUCUUUAAUCUGCUCUGUUCUAGAAACCCCUCAGAUGUUCGUUAAUGUAUAACUUUCAAUUGACCACUCAGAACUCAAUCUAGAGUUCAAAAGCCGGAUAUAAAACCAUAGUUGGUUUCUAACAGGACUGACCUCUCAGACUCAAUACUGACUCCUAGGGCUGGUUUCCCCAACACAAAAUCUCCAUUGAUGUAAAGCCAAAGGGACAGAUUGGUAGUGACAGACUCUAAACAUGCACUCCAUGACACACUGGAAAGUACUGGGGGGAGGGCACAAACUGAAGGGCUUGAAAUUGAAGUCAUAGUUGGGUCUCAACAGGUGUAUAUUUACUAGGAACCAAACAGAAGCAAACAGAACGAAACGGGGAGGGACCUACCUGAAUUUGUCCAAUAGAAACGAUUGUUUUAACUGUUCGGACUAAUGAUUACACCCCUGAACUGACCUCUCAGAAACGGAAUCUAAAGCAGGGAUCAUCAACUAGGGGGGGGGGGCAGAACAUGAUUACAAAUUGAACGCAAGAAGCACAAACAUCUGUUCAGACCCUAAGUCACAUACAUAGUUGACUUUUCCGGGUAAAUGGUUUGGAAUGAGCAGCAGUAGUGGAAUCUGUUGCUGUAUAGAUUUUUAAUUUAUUUUAUUUAACCUUUAUUUAACUAGGCUAACUAAGUAUUUUAACUAAGUAUGUUAACAAAUUCUUAUUUACAAUGACGGCCUACCAAAAGGAAAAAGGCCUCCUGCGGGGACGGGGGCUGGGAUUAAAAUAAUAUAUACAGUUGAAGUCGGAAGUUUACAUACACCUUAAACUCAGUUUUUCACAAU